GAGAUAAAAAGGCGGGAGCGAGGCCCAGCGGCUCCAGUUCUGGGGCUUUUGCUUUCGCUGGGUUAAUUGCUGUGGGGCUGCUCUGUGGGGCUGCUCUGCGGGCCUCGCCUGGACGCUGACUCCCUGCGACUUAGCCCUAAUCCUCAGGAAGGCAGGCCAUCGAGGGUCCAGAGGCACCCAAGGCCUGGGGGUAGGGUAGGAUAGCAAUGUGGCCGCUACGGGUCUAUACCCGCAAAAAGCGGGCGGGUCAGAGGCUCAAUCUCACCCCGACGCCAGACCUAGGCUCUCCCGCGAAGGCGGAGGCCCCACCAGGUUCGACGAGAAAAGGCAAGGUGCACGGCUUGUUGAAGAUUGCAGAGAAAGCGGAGUGGAGCAGGCAGGGAAGUAGCGGCUCUGGGCUGCCCAGCCCUCACCUAAGAGUUACAGGAGAGAAAAGUCUGCAAGAAAAUAGGUCUAGUGAAGACACCCAGGAUGAGAAGAUUGCACCGUUGAGUGAAUCAGUUACUGACGACCUCCAGGUUGAUAGUAGUUCAUCAAAUAGUGAACUAGUAUCAGGAUUAAGUUUGCACCAUGGUAUGGCCAGUUCUCCUCUGAGCUAUUCAGUAACAGACUCUUAUGCAGAAUACAAGAGUUUUGAAGAGAGCUUUCCAUCACCUGAACUGUUCAGAAAAUCAGAUUAUUUAGACUGGGAGUGUCCCAACUUGGAAGAACACAUGCAGUGGAAGAAUUCUACUCUUCUGGAUACCAGUAAAGCAGUAGCGAUAGAGAAGGCACCACAGUUUUCAAAUGUCUCUGCAAUUUUAAGUACCUCUUCAGAAGACUAUCAGAAAUGCCACAGAGAAACAGUGAUGACAGUAGCAAAUCAAAAUGUGUCUCCAAAAGCAAAGUGUGCUUCAAAUUCAGAAUCAGAUAAUGCAGCUUGUGAGAUUUUACUUGCUGAGAAAACUUGCCCUUCAAUCCCUGAAAAAACAAAGAAAAAAGCAAGUAUUGAAGCAGAAUAACUGCAUAAAUCAUAAUAAAUUUCAUUAAUAAAUAAUUUACUUUUAACUAACA